ACCGCUCCUCCUCCUGCUUCCCUCUGCCGCCUGGAUACCGGCCGUUCUCCUUUCGAUUCUUCUCCUCCUCCUCUUCCCAGUUGUCGAAGGCUGCCGCCGACAAGUAAUCCCUCCAUCACCUAUGCCUACCCUCUGCUGUUUAUCUUUGAAGCUGCGUUGAAUGUCUCUUGAAACAUGGAGGAAAAAGGCAGCUACAACCAGUAUUUCCUGCCUCAUAUUUGCCACAUUCAAAUUGGUUUUAGUUGAUCUGUUUGCAUUGGUUACAUCGGUUUUUCACGACAUUUUAUCUUUAGUUAUCUGUUGCAUGUCUCACAUAUGCUAUCCAAGGAUCCCAGCUUGCCUUCCCAUACAGUCUUGGCUGCUUGUUCAGGUGGUGGCUAAUGGGAUUGCAGAAACAAUACAUCGUUUUGACAAGCAGGAACAAGAAUUCUGUUCAUGAGGGCAGUGGUUGAUCUGUUCACCUAUAGCCACUUUUAAUUACUCUUGCAAAACCCUAGACAUUGGACAUUCUGAUUUAGUUUGUUUCAGGUUGUCCUGUGAGAUCAUGUCAUUAGAGUUGAAGUCAUUUCACAUAAUACAACAAGAAAACUGCCAAUUUUAGAUGUCUGGGAGAACUUUCUGGUCUAAAGGAUGCUCAGCUUGUCCUCUCUUGCUUCUUGGAAACCAUACUCAAGAGAUCUACAGCAGCAUUUGUUCUUGAUGCUUCAAGGAUGCAAGAGCAUGAAGCAACUUACUCAGUUGCAUGCAAAAUUGGUGGUUAAUGGCUUUUCCUGCAAGAAUGUCCUCAUCACCAAGCUUCUCUCCUGCUGCAUUGUGUCAGGGAAUAUAACAUAUGCAUCUCUAGCUUUUGACCAGGUUGAGGAACCAAACACCACCCUCUGCAACCAAAUGAUCAGGGCAAUUUUUCAUGGAGAUAUGCCAGAGAGCUCCUUUACCAUCUACAAUUGGAUGAGAAGAAGAGGGAGGACAGAUACGCUGCAGCCCAAUGGUUUCACAUAUACCUUCCUCCUUGCUGCCUGUGCUAAGGCCGGGCCAAAUUUCUUGCCACAAGGGGAGCAAUUGCACUGUAGAAUCAUUUCUGGUGGCUUUGAUUCCAGUGUGUACAUUCAGACUAAUUUAAUAAAUAUGUAUGCUGCCUCUGCCACCAUGAGAGGUGAGUCUAUCGCUAAAGCUCAUAAGAUAUUCGAAGAGAUGCCCCGGAGAAACAUUGUGUCAUGGAACACCAUGUUGGCUGGAUAUUUGCAAUCUGGGGAUGUGCCAACGGCAUUUAGGUUCUUUGAUGACAUGCCUGCUAAGGACAAAGUGUCGUGGACCACCAUGAUUGCAGGUUGUGCGCAGGCCGGUAUGAGUGGUCAGGCACUCACUCUAUUUAGUCAGAUGAGGAUAUCUCGAGUAAAACCUGAUCAAGUUACAAUGAUCGCUGUCCUGUCAGCAUGUGCAUAUUUGGGAGACUUGGAAUUGGGACGUUGGAUCCAUGCACAUGUCUGCAAUUUCUGGCAUGGAAGAGAAUGUCUAGUGAAUCUGAGUAAUGCACUCAUCCACAUGUAUGUUAAAUGUGGAGCUAUUGAUGAUGCAUUUCAGGUCUUCACCGAGAUGCCUCGUAAAAGCACUGUCACGUGGACGACCAUGAUCGCAGGCCUUGCAACCCAUGGUUAUGGUGAUCAGGCACUAGAUCUAUUCCAAAGAAUGCAGUGCAAGGGAUCAGAAAAUGAGAAGCCAGAUUGGUUGACCUUUAUUGCAGUUCUAUGUGCCUGCAGUUACACGGGUAGGAUUGACAAGGGGCUUUGCUACUUUGAGCAGAUGAUUUCAAUGUAUGGAAUCAGACCAAAAAUACAACACUAUGGAUGCAUUGUUGACAUGCUCAGCCGUGCAGGUCACUUGAACAAAGCCCAAGAGCUGAUUAAAAUGAUGCCAGUGGAACCUAAUUCUGCUAUCUGGGGAGCCUUGCUUGGUGGCUGUUGGAUACAUAAGGAUGAUAAACUUGCAGGCCAGGUGAUCCACAGAAUUAUGGAACUCGAACCAGACCAGGUGGCUGGCCACCUUGUCUCUGUAUCCAAUUUGUAUGUUGCAUCUAUGAAGCGAGGUGAUAGUCAAAUGUUCAGGGAUAUGAUGUUGGAAUUGGGCAUUAGAAAGCCUGCUGCUUGCAGCUUAAUAUAUGCAAAUGGGUCUAAUUCAUGACUUCUUGGCUGAUAACUGGAGCUUCCAUCUUUGUUCAGCCACAUCAAGUAUUUCAUCGGAUGCCGCCAAUACCGGUGAUCGGGCAAGAGGCAGCUCAUGACUUUCUAAUGCACAAUGUCUGGUCCAUUUCUGGUGCUAGCGCACAAAAUUGGUAAUCUAAAUGAAGAGAUUGUCAAACUACAUAGAGCCAUGACGAGUUUUUGUUCCAAAGGUUUGCUUACCUUGUUUCUAGACUCCUAUCUUCGUUUACUCUUGGCAUUGUCUACUCUUUCCUUGUAUUAUUUGCUGUUUAAUUGUCUUGCCUGUGGCCCUGUGCAAGGGACAUUUUCUCUGGCUUGUUGUUCUGGUCAGUUAGGAUGGCUGGUGAUAUUUGUUGGGAUUAGCUACUGCUAACAAAGUGUGUCCAAUCCUUGAACUGAAAGUAAUAUAUUUAUCCAUUUAUUUUGAAA